AUGGCUGUGGAUGUUCAGUGUGAACAGUGCACCCUCUACAGGAGGAGUUUGGGUAAUGCUGUCCGACUCUGUGUCAGCUCCUGGAUCUCACAUUUCCAGAAGCUCUUUGUGUUGUUUAUCGGAGCGGACUGGAUCUACCUCAUGCUCCUGGGGUUCGUCGUGGCCGUGCUCAGCUUUACUGUGGAUGUCUUUGUUGACCUCUUCACAGAGGGGUCUGGGAUUCCCGAAACCAAGACAUCUCUGAGAGGAGUGAUGCUGCAGGAGUAUUUCACCUUCAGAACAUUAGUGUCCAAAGUCAUCAGUCUGACCUGUGUGCUCGGAAGUGAAUUACCUGUGGGCAAGGAGGGUCCGUUCGUGCAUGUCGGCAGUGUGUGUGCUGCUCUUCUCUGCAAAUUCAUGUCGCUCUUCAGUGGUAUUUACAAGGUAUUGACAAACUUAAUAAUACCGAAGGAUUCUCAGUUUGUUGUGUAUUUAGUUCUUGUGUGUUUGGAACAGAAUAAGACCAGAAACGAGGAGAUGCUGACGGUGGGAUGUGCUGUAGGAAUCAGCUGCUGCUUCGCUGCUCCUAUUGGAGGAGCGUUGUUCAGCUUAGAGGUCACAUCUAUGUUUUUCCUCGCACGAAACUACUGGCGUGGGUUUCUGUCUGCUACGUUCGGUGGCUUCAUCUUCAGACUUCUGCCGGUGUGGAACAGAAAGGAAGAGACACUUACAGCUCUUUAUGCAACAAAAUACAGACUGGACUUUCCUUUUGACCUGCGGGAGCUUCCCAUCUUUGCUGCCAUGGGAAUUGUAUGUGGCUUUGGUGGCGCCUUCUUUGUGUAUUUGUAUGGAAAGAUUUCUCUGUUUGUGAAGAAGCAGCAAGCCAAGAAAAGCUUCCUCAUGAGGAAUUGUUUCUUCUAUUCGGCUUUGGUGUCUGUGCUGAUCUCUACGCUCACUUUCCCUCCAGGCUUUGGGCAGUUCAUGGCUGGACGGCUCACAAAAAAGGAUUCCUUGAUUUCAUUUUUUGACAAUCGCACCUGGUCAAAUCAUGGCAUCGUAGCAGACUUUGCUAACGACGAUUACCUAGCCGCCUGGAAACAUCCGCAGGUUAACGUCUUCAUCCUUCUCUCCGUCUUCAUCAUCAUGAAGUUCUGGAUGUCUGCUCUUUCCAUAACCCUUCCUAUACCAUGUGGUUCCUUCGUUCCCAUUUUCGUCAUUGGUGCUGCAUUUGGCCGUUUGGUUGGUGAAGGUUUGGCCACGUUGUUUCCUGAUGGAUUUAACGUUGAUGGACACAUAUACCACAUAGUGCCCGGAGCGUAUGCUGUUAUAGGAGCGGCAGCGUUAACGGCAGGAGUCACUCACACGAUCUCAACUGGCGUGAUCAUGAUGGAGAUGACUGGUCAGAUCAGUUACACUCUACCCAUCCUGAUCUCUGUGAUUCUGGCCAACAUGAUCUCUCAGAGUCUUCAGCCUUCCAUCUAUGACACGGCUAUCCGCAUUAAAAAACUGCCUUACCUGCCCACGCUUAGUUGGGGCCACCAAGAGAAGUAUAAUAUUUAUGUGGAGGACUUUAUGAAAAGAGAUGUUCGUUAUAUCACACUGAACUCCACCUACAGAGACAUAAUCAAGAUCCUACGUUCAGGAAAUCUUAAAACACUGCCUUUGGUGAAAUCUGCAGAGUCGAUGCUCUUGCUGGGUUCUGUCGAGCGUGCUCAGUUACUGGGGCUCUUAACACAGCGAAUGCAGCAUAAUAAGCAGAAUGCAUCCACUAUGCCAAACAGAUACAAGGUUCGCUUCCAGAUGUCCUCAGAAGAGUCUGCAUCCGCUACAAAUGCUAAACCUAUGAAAUCUGCUCUGAAGAAGCCAUCUGUAGAUGAAGAAGAAAUUACAAGUCUUUAUGAUUCUGGCCUCAACUUAAAGAAGUUCUUCUGUUCUCGUCCUGAGAUCGAGGCAAUGGAGGACGACUCAGACACAGAGGAUGAUACGAUACUUCAAGAGAUUGAGGAGUGGGAGGAGCAACAGCUUGACGAGCAGGUGACCUUCAACAGCUGUAAGAUUGACCCCGCCCCCUUCCAGCUGGUGGAGCACACUUCACUGCACAAGACGCACACCAUGUUUUCUGUGUUGAAUCUGGAUUACGCUUACGUCACCAGCAUCGGGCGACUCGUCGGAGCCGUUUCUCUGAAAGAGUUACAUAAAGCGAUCGAAGGCAGCAUGCCGGGAGAUGGUGUGAGGUUGCGUCCCGUUCUGUCCACUUUCAGAGACCGAGGCGUUCGAGGAACCAGGACCGAAACCAUCGCACUCCACCAACUGCUGGAGCAUCCACUUUCCAGCUGUGCAAACAAUAUAUAAGUGAAGUAAAUGUUGUUAUUCAUUCUAACCAGUGCAAAAUGUUUGUGUGAGUGUGUGUGUGUGUGUGUGUGUGUGUGUGUGUGUGUGUGUGUGUGUGUGAAGUUGAUGUAAAUGUGUGCUUUUUGCAGAAGUGGACUAAAAAGUGGUUUUAUAUUCAGAUUGUUCUUUGAACACGAUGGGCAUUAAGCAUUCCUUGUUAGUUCACAUUUGUGUUAUUAAUUUAUUUUUAUGUAAUGUAAAUUUUAUUUGAAGCCAAACCACUUGAGAGCAUUAGUCUCAUACCGAUUCAUUCAGGAUUUUAUGCUGUUAGGUACUUGAUACUUUUUUAACGAGAACAAAAAUACCUCGAGCGAAUAACACUUUGACUAUUGCAUUUGUAAAACUCUCUAGUUGAACUGUAGCGUAACCUCGGAGAAAAAUAAAUAAAUAAAAACAGAUACUUUUUAUUGGUAUUAUAAUUCUGUUAAAUAAUAAAUAUAUUAUCAGAAAUACAGUAUUGGACAAAGUGCUAUUUUUAUUAGUUUCUUGAUCUUGAAUCUAGAAAACCUUUUUGGAAGAUGAAUCACAUGCAUUUCUUCAUUUCCUACCUCGUAUUCAGACAUAAGAAAUAUAUAUAAAGUGUGUGUGUGUGUGUGUGUGUGUUGAAUAUAUAAAUGCGUGCUGUUUAAUAGCCCCUAUAUUUUGGUAAAUCAAGAAAAAUCUAAAAGUGCAUAAACUCUUCUUACAUGUUUGUGUGUUCCUGUUCUGUAAUUAUAAUUACGUCAAUAAAACAAAAAAAGUGGAAUCUG